UUUUUUUUUUUUGUAAAAUUAUUAUAAACAUAUAUAAUGACUGAUCUAAAUUGGUGUACUUAUUGUGAUAAUGCUAUUACGGAAAAUUCAGAUUCUCUAUAUUGCUCUGAAAAAUGUCUUCGACAGGAUGCUUUACAAAAGGAUCUGUCACUUGGCUAUAAAUUUCUCAAAUGUAAACAAUUCCCUAAGCCAUUACAUAAGCCUGAUGUGUCGAAUAUAGUGACAAAACCGAUAGCAUUAUUAAAAAAUGAUGCAAAUAGACAAUCUCUUGAUACUGAAUCAUCAAAAUUUUAUAUUAAACCGGUUAAGUUAGAGCAAACAAGUCGUAUAGAUAACAGUAACCAUUAUUUAUUUAAGAGAUAUUAAAAUUUUAUCAAAAAAGAAAAAACAAAAUCAAACAUUAUUUAUUUUAAUAUAAAG